UAUUAUGAGUACAUGUUGAAUGUCUCACUGCCUUAUAUAUUCGUCGGCUAUAUUUAUACACGAUAAUGGCAGAUGACAAGACGAAGACGUAAAUAAAGGAAAAAACUCGAUCGAAUUUGGACGUCAAAUCGGUCAAAUAAUGAAACUAGAAGGAAUAAGGAAAGUGAAAGCAUAUAUUUGUGAUCCAUUUUAAUGUGUAACCCUGCAAACUUUUCGAUGUACGGGAGACAAAUGGUUAAGACUUGUGAUUAAUAUUGCGAAUGAGCAUUAAAAUCCGCGCAAUUGAAGACAACGCGUUGCAGUUUAACAAUUAAAAAGUAAUGGCAGGAUCCAGAGGAAUUCUUAGUCUACGAUUUAAUCAAGAUCAAGGAUGCUUUACGUGUUGUAUGGAAUCUGGCCUUAGGAUAUAUAAUGUUGAACCAUUGGUUGAAAAAGCACACUUUGAGAAUGAGCUUAUGGGGAGUAUUGCCAUAGGUGAAAUGCUCUGGAGGACAAAUGUUAUUGCUAUUGUCGGUGGUGGUACGAGGCCAAAAUUUGCAGACAACACUGUACUUAUUUAUGACGAUUUGGCCAAAAAGUUUAUAAUGGAAAUUACUUUUACGAGUCCUAUUAAGGCCGUCAGAUUGCGAAGAGAUAAACUCAUAGUGGCUUUACAAAGAGAAAUCCAUGUUUUUUCUUUUCCAAUACCAACACGCAGAUUACUCACUCUGGAAACUAGAGAUAAUCCUAAAGGAUUAGUGGAAGUUGCAACGCUUGCUACAGCUCACAAGCAAUUGCUUGCAUUUCCAGGCCAUAAACUCGGAAGUAUUCAAUUAGUCGAUCUUGGAACAACAGAAGCUGGAACAUCCAGUGCUCCAGCAACAUUAGCAGCUCAUCAAGGAGUAUUAGCUUGUUUGGCUGUGAAUGCCAAUGGAACAAAAGUAGCAACAGCUUCUGCACAAGGGACACUUGUUAGAGUGUGGGACAGCAUACGCAAGCAUUUAUUGGUUGAAUUAAGACGGGGCGCCGAUUCAGCUACGCUAUAUUGCAUUACUUUUAGUAGAGACUCAGAAUUUUUGUGUGCUUCAAGCGAUAAAGGAACGGUUCAUAUAUUUGCACUUAAAGAUACACAUCUUAAUCGAAGAUCAACGUUUUCAAAAAUGAGAUUUCUAGGAAACUAUGUAGAAAGUCAAUGGGCUCUUGCCACAUUUACGGUGCCUCCAGAGUGUGCAUGCGUUUGUGCAUUUGGUACAAGGAGUUCGGUUAUAGCUGUUUGCAUGGAUGGAACAUUUCACAAAUACGUUUUUACGUCAGAUGGUAACUGUAACCGUGAAGCAUUUGACGUGUUUCUUGAUGUCUGUGAUGAUGACGAAUUUUAAGAUUAUAGAAAAUUGUAAAAAUAAUGUACAGUUUUAUUUAAUUAUAUUCAAAGCAAA